UAAACGAUUACUCCGAGAAUACCCGAAGAUUUAUGUUGUCGCUGUGUACGCCAACUAUGUUCAUUUUUUAACUAUGAGGGUGUUCAAAACGAACCGUAGGGACAAGUUGUUGGUCAGAUGAGGGCUCCGGGAGGACGGUAGCAGUAUGUGCCUGUAAACUAGCGGCGGCAGGAAGCGAUGUGUUGAAGUUGAAAAAAGACAGAAACAAGUAAAUUAGCUAAAUGCUCCUGCUGAACAAAGUGACGGUUUUGGCCAGAAACUGCACGAUUGAACCAAGAGAGGAGUUUUCUCAAUCCCAAGGCCAGUAGAAGACCGUCUGGAAUAUACACAAACAAGCAUGGAGUUUCCACCACAGCAGAAACCGGCGGGGGACGGGAAAAUUGUCUACCCACCGGGAGUAAAAGAGAUUACGGAUAAAAUCAGUAACGAUGAAAUGGUCAAACGGUUAAAGAUGGUGGUGAAGACCUACAUGGACAUGGACCAGGACUCUGAGGAGGAGAAGCAGCAGUAUCUGGACCUGGCGCUGCACCUGGCCUCAGAGUUCUUCCUCAGGAAUCCCAACAAGGACGUGCGUCUGCUGGUGGCUUGCUGCCUGGCGGACAUCUUCAGGAUCUACGCGCCGGAGGCUCCGUACACGUCCCACGACAAACUCAAGGAUAUCUUUCUGUUCAUCACCAGACAGCUCAAGGGCCUGGAAGACACCAAGAGCCCCCAGUUCAACAGAUACUUCUACCUGCUGGAGAACCUGGCUUGGGUGAAGUCAUACAACAUCUGUUUUGAGCUGGAGGACUGCAAUGAGAUCUUCAUCCAGCUUUUCAAAACACUCUUCUCAGUCAUCAAUAACAGCCAUAAUCAGAAGGUGCAGAUGCACAUGAUGGACCUGAUGAGUUCUAUCAUCACGGAGGGAGACGGCGUCACACAGGAGCUGCUGGACACCAUCCUUAUAAACCUCAUUCCUGCACACAAGAACCUGAACAAGCAGGCGUACGACCUGGCCAAGACGCUGCUGAAGAGGACCGUUCAGACCAUCGAGACCUGCAUCGCUAAUUUCUUCAACCAGGUUCUCGUGAUGGGCAAGUCGUCCGUCAGUGACCUAUCGGAGCACGUGUUUGACCUGAUCCAGGAACUGUUUGCCAUCGACCCCUUGUUGCUGACCUCCGUAAUGCCUCAGCUGGAGUUCAAACUCAAGAGCAAUGACGGUGAGGAGCGUCUAGCCGUGGUACGCUUGCUCGCUAAAUUGUUUGGGGCCAAAGACUCGGAGCUGGCCACACAGAACAGACCCCUCUGGCAAUGCUUCCUAGGACGGUUCAAUGACAUCCAUGUCCCUGUUCGUCUGGAGUGUGUCAAGUUUGCUAGCCACUGCCUCAUGAACCACCCAGACCUGGCCAAAGACCUCACAGAAUACCUGAAGGUGCGCUCACACGACCCGGAGGAAGCCAUCCGCCACGACGUCAUCGUCACCAUCAUCAACGCCGGGAAGAAGGACCUGAACCUGGUCAACGACCAGCUGCUGGGCUUCGUCCGGGAGAGGACCCUGGACAAGAGGUGGCGCGUCCGCAAGGAGGCCAUGAUGGGGCUGGCCCAGCUCUACAAGAAGUACUGCCUGCACCACGAGGCCGGCAAGGAGUGCGCCCAGAAGAUCACCUGGAUCAAGGACAAGCUGCUCCACAUCUACUACCAGAACAGCAUCGAUGACAAGUUACUAGUGGAGAAGAUCUUCGCCCAGUACAUGGUUCCCCACAGUCUGGACACGGAGGAGAAGAUGAAGUGUCUUUACUACCUGUACGCCUGCCUGGACACAAACGCCGUCAAAGCUCUGAAUGAGAUGUGGAAGUGUCAGAACAUGCUCCGGGGACUGGUCCGGGAACUGCUGGACCUCCACAAGCUGCCACCGUGUGAGGCCAAUAAUACAGGCAUGUUUGGAAAGCUGAUGACCAUUUCCAAGAACCUUCCGGACGCCGGCAAGGCCCAGGACUUCAUGAAGAGGUUCAACCAGGUGCUGGGGGAGGACGAGAAGCUGCGCAUCCAGCUGGACACUCUCAUCAGCCCCACUUGCUCCUGCAAGCAGGCCGAGAUCUGUGUGAGGGAGAUCACCCGGAAGCUGACGUUCCCCAAGCAGCCAACCAACCCCUUCCUGGAGAUGGUCAAGUUCCUGUUGGAGCGCAUUGCCCCUGUCCACAUCGACUCUGAAGCCAUCAGCGCCCUGGUAAAAUUGCUUAAUAAGUCUAUCGAGGGCACGGCCGACGACGACGAGGAGGGAGUGACGCCAGAUACCGCCAUCCGAUCCGGGCUGGAGCUGCUCAAGGUGCUGUCGUUCACCCACCCCACGGCGUUCCACUCGGCGGAGACGUACGAGUCCCUGCUGCAGUGCCUGAAGAUGGAGGACGACAAGGUGGCAGAGGCGGCCAUCCAGAUCUUCAGGAACACGGGCCAGAAGAUCGAGACGGAGCUGCAGCAGAUACGAUCGACUCUGAUCCCCGUCCUGCACCAGAAGGCCAAGCGGGGCACGCCCCACCAAGCCAAACAGGCCGUCCACUGCAUCCACGCCAUCUUCAACAACAAGGAGGUGCAGCUGGCACAGAUCUUUGAGCCUCUGUCGCGUAGUCUGAACGCAGAUGUCCCAGAGCAGCUCAUCACCCCGCUGGUCUCCCUGGGCCACAUCUCCAUGCUGGCCCCAGAUCAGUUCGCCUCCCCCAUGAAGUCCAUCGUGGCCAACUUCAUCGUCAAAGACCUGCUCAUGAACGACAGGGCGGUAACGGUGAACCUCUGCCUCCAGUCAACGGGGAACAAGAACGGGAAGCUGUGGAGCCUGGACGACGAGGUGUCGCCCGAGGUCCUGGCCAAGGUCCAGGCCAUUAAGCUUCUGGUACGCUGGUUACUGGGAAUGAAGAACAACCAGUCCAAGUCGGCCAACUCCACGCUGCGCCUGCUGUCGGCCAUGCUGGUCAGCGAGGGCGACCUCACGGAGCAGAAGAAGAUCAGUAAAUCGGACAUGUCUCGCCUGAGGCUGGCUGCAGGGGGCGCCAUCAUGAAGCUGGCCCAGGAGCCCUGCUACCACGACAUCAUCACGCCGGAGCAGUUCCAGCUGUGCGGGCUCGUCAUCAAUGACGAGUGCUACCAGGUGCGGCAGAUCUUCGCCCAGAAGCUGCACCUGGCGCUGGCCAAGCUGAUGCUGCCGCUGGAGUACCUGGCCGUGUUCGCGCUGUGCGCCAAAGACCCCGUAAAGGAGCGGCGAGCACACGCACGCCAGUGUCUCCUCAAGAACAUCACCGUCCGCCGAGAGUACAUCAAACAGAACCCCCUCGCCCAAGAGAAACUGGUGUCCCUCCUCCCGGAGUACGUGGUGCCGUUCAUGAUCCACCUACUGGCGCACGACCCGGACUUCACCAAACCCCAGGAGUACGACCAGCUCAAGGACAUCAAAGAGUGCCUGUGGUUCAUGCUGGAGGUGCUGAUGACCAAGAACGAGAACAACAGCCACGCCUUCCUGAGGAAGAUGGUGGAGAACAUCAAGCAGAGCAAGGACGCGCAGUGUCCCGACGACGUGAAGGCCACCGAGAAGCUGUACAUCGUGUGCGACGUAGCUCUGUUUGUCAUCGCCAACAAGAGCACCGCGUGCCAUCUGGAGUCCCCCAAAGACCCCGUCAUACCGUCCAAGUUCUACCUCAUCCAGGACAAGGACUUCAAAAACGACAAAGACUACUUGUCAGCAGAGAUGAGACAGAUGCUGCUCACUGGGAAGCCUAAGCCCAGCCCGGUGCUGGGGGCCGUAAACAAGCCCCUCACGGUACCCGGGAGGAGGGUCUUCAUCAAGACCCCCACCGUGGGCUCGGACCCCGCCAGCAACGCCAGCACCAACUCCCAGAACAGCCCGCAGACCCUCAUCAAGAACAGUAACGCGGUAACAGAAUCGACGGAGGCCGGCGCCCGGGAGAACAACGAGAACCCCGUCAUCAAGAACGACGACGGCGGCAAGAAGGCGGAGGCGGGUCAGAACACGGCGCCCACGGCCACGCCGGGGGCCACGGUGCCCAAGCGGCGCGGACGCCCCCCCAAGUCGGCGAGCGUGGCGGCCAGUCCCGCCGGGGCGGUGGAGAAGGAGGUGGUGGUGGUGGCGGUGGCCGGGGCGGGGCGCGGCAGGAAGAGGCCGUCCGAGGGCGUACCGGAGGCCAAGGUGUCCAAACAGCAGCCCAAGGACGAUGGGGGGAAGAGAGCCAUCGCCCUGCAGAGGGGGGCCCACGCGUGGCCCUGGGAGGCUUCAGCCACGGAAGGAGAGCAGAGUGGAGAGAGGGAGCGAGUUGUAGUGCAGAAGAAUCCUUUCAGCCUUGGUUGUGGGGGCGAAACGGAGCGAGAGCUGGACUCCAGCCCAGAGUGUGCGAGCGUUGGCAGCAGGGCCACUGAGCUCCGCUGCCUGCGUCAGAUACGGAGCGCCGGCCAAGAGCUGGCCUCUCUGUUCAGCGAGGAGGAGGACUCCGCCGCCGCCAGUUCUGAGACAGGGCCCUCUCAGAGCGACCCAGGCAGAGCAGAGAAGGCAGGGAGCCUGAUAGUAAAGAGAUCCUUGAAGACAAGGAAACGGCGGGAGAAGGCUGUUGGACUGUCUUUUGACCACACACGCACACAAACACACAACCACACACACUACCACACAAACACACACUCGUCUGACUCUAAAGCUCCUCUGGAUUCCUGAUGGACAUUUCUUAAACAGAAUAUACAUGCAUUCACACAUGCCACUGAUAAUCUAGGUUUUUAACACCUUUUAGUCCUACGUUUGAAAUUUGUUGUAUGUAGAUGUUACUCUCAAAACAUGUAUUUUUUCCUUUACGUUCGUUGCUCUUUGCUUCUUUUGUGGAGCCGUUUUUAAGAAAAAAGGUUGGACAUUUUACAAACGUUUUAAUCUGGAUAUGAUUGUUGCUUAUUAAAUUCCCUGGGAAAAAGUUGUUCUUGUUGCAUUUGUCAAUUCAUUGAUUCCAGGAAACGUUUUUAUUUUCCUGUCAUCUUCACCAAUUCCACAAGUUUUUCCAAAUUUCUGACGUGUAAUGAAAAGUACCUGUGGUUAACUUGAGCAUCAGUUAACGCAACCAAAUGCUCCUGGCAUGGAAUCAUGCAUGGGGAACCUUGUUUGUCUGUAUCCAAGUUAUCAUUCUGUUAACUUCUGUAAUAUGGUUUGGGAAAAUGUUUAAGGCUAGUUUGAAUACUUCAGUUGCUAUAAGAGAUGCUAAGUAUAGCUGAAUACUACCAAGUAUUUACAAUAAAGAUCCUUAACAGCAAUCCAACGAAGGCACUCGAAAGUGCACAUAUUGGGCCGAUUAAUUCAUUUACUAUGCUGAAUUUCUUUGAAAAAGUAACAAUCACUGGCAUUGUACCGAAUUGUUUGGUUCUUUAUUGAAAAUACCCAUCCCUGAUCUAUAGAAAAUAUCUACCAAUUUAAAAAGAAAUGUAUGGGCUCUUAACAGACGUGACAAAAACACUGGUUUCUCAGGGAUUUUUUUAAUCAAAGAAACAUGACACUGUCACAAUAAAUAACCAUGCUUUGUACUGCUGUCGCUAGCUUCAAUCCAUUUAUCCCAAGGGAAAAAACAAGUCCCAAUUCAAAGGGUUCAGCGAAACCUUCCCAAUGCGUUGUCAUCGUGCAAGAUUGUACAUGGGAAGAGAGGAGCAGGAUUUUUUUUGUCCUUUCAAUUUCUUAUAAAAUAUAUACAGAUCCAGCCAUCCAUGGUGCACUUUAGUGAUGAUGUAAGGGCUCACGUCUAUUUACAAGUGCAGGAGAUGGCAUCUGUACACAACUACCUCUCCGACUACUGUUAUUAGGCUACUGGCGUCAGGUGUCCAGCUUUCAACCUGAAACCAUCCUUGUAAUGCGUGGCGUAUCUGUGUGUGGAAUUGGGGCAAGCUGAGGGAUUGCUGAGGAGGCCUAAAGGUUCACAUCGAUACCCCCUCCGAAUCUUUAUUCCAAGCAGUCUGAUACUAUUGACGCUAUUGUGCAGCUUGCUAGCUAUAAACUCCACCUUCAAAAUCAGAGGAAGUCCAGCCUCUUGUUCAGUAGGGUUAAAUAAUAGCCAUCAUUUGACCAUCUGUGAUAUUGUACAGUCACAGAAACUCAUAGGUUACUUGUGUUUGUAUCUAUAUAUAUAUAUAAAGCAUUCCCUUAAAUGCCAGACACAUGGUCCAUGAUUCCCUCCAGAUGAGUUUUGAAGAUGGAUGACAUUGAAAGUACCAGCUGGAUAUAUGUGUCUUGGUACAACGUCCGUCUCCAUGAUUUGAAUUGAGCGUGAUGGACAUGCAGCGACCGUCAUGGUAGCUGGAACUUGUGCCUACUGUCCAAACUGAUUUCUUUACAACAACUUUACUGGAAUAAACCUUGGAUUAUCAACUCUUGCCGCGUUCCUGUCUGUUGAGAACAUUAUGGGACUGGUCCGUAGCCUAAAAGGUGGAAGAUAAUCAGUUAAGCGUUAAGUAGUGUCCGGUAGCGGUUUGGGUCGGUCCUCAUGAUGACGAGUCUUUCAUCUGCAUUAAGAUUACGAAGCAGGCAGCCAACCAACGCAUUAUUCAGCAAAAAAAUAAUCCUAAUUCAGAUGACGGGUCGGUGAGGUUGUGGGAGAGAGCGCUUCCUGCUAACUACGUUUUUUUUUUUAUCAAAUCAUUGUCUAACAUGCAUUACAAGGUCAAUCGAUUAAAUAACUAAAGGGGCCGUCUUGGGGCAGAGAAGUAAGAUUAAGGGACAAUAAAAACGUCUUGAUAUAAUGUAAACUAGACAAAGUCCAUAUUUAAAAUAUUUUUAUAACAUCUUAUAAGAAAGAAAAAGUAUAUAACCGUUCAUUUUCAAAUGUACAGACUUUUCUCUAUUUACAGAUAUCGCGCUUCUGCUGUGCAUAUGUUAAUAUCAUAUUCUGCUCGUUUUCAUCUUGUGGGAUUGUAAAACAAAACAAAAAAUACCUUGUGAAAACAAGUUGAUCCAUACCUAACUACUACGCCAUCUCUUCACUCUCCACUGCAAAAACACAAAGCUUUUGACAGUUCCUAUUGGAUCACA